CAAUUCCCUUGCUCAAGGUCCUAACAAAGGGUUAAACAAAUGAUAUAGCAACACGUCAAGCGUCAAGAUUUCCCUGUACUCAAACAUCCCUGAUUACCACUCGGCUCCGUAUUUUCGGUGGUCUCGUAAAGUGCCCAAAAGGUUCACCUAGCGAACACAGAAAACUUGGAUAGAGCCGGAAAUUAACUCAAUACAAACCCUAAUAGCAGUGUAUGAUCCAAUCCUCUCUCGGCCAUCGGAUCCCCAAAAAGAACACUUACAGGUGCUAGACUUAAUGGAUUCCAACAUGCAAUCUCCAACCCCAGACAAUGUUGAGACAAAAGCGGCAUUCCGUAAACCUUCAAAUCAUGUAGCCAAUAGGAAGUACCGUCGCCGAUCUCCUGCUGAUGGAUCAUCUUCAUCUGAAGGGAGUCCUAAGAGUGAACGUGGCACUAGUCCAUUCUCUUCAAGGGGAGAUCCUGCAAAAGCUUCUGAGCGUCAACAUAGAAGGAAGGAUGAGAGAGAAUAUAGGGAUUCUGGUCGUAGUCAGUCUGGCAAAGAUUCAUAUCGACAUUCUGAUCGAUAUUCCUCUAGGAAUUCCCAUGGUUAUUCUAGGCACGAUGAGUACAGCAGACAUGAGAAGCGUGCAGAUGAUGAAGAGAGACAUUACCAGGGAUCAUCCCAUUCCGGUAUGGAAUCAAGGCGUGCUGGUCACUCUGAUCAUACAAGAGAAGAAAGUGAACGUGGUAGGUCAAGAGACUAUGUGCGAAAUGUAGACAAAUACUCCCGUGAUAGAUAUGAUGGUUCAGGGCAUAGAAGUAAGGAUAAAGAGAGAGACUCAUUUUCCCUAGACCGUCAGAAAUUUAGGGAUAAGGAUUCAUCUCCUGACAGAGCUGGCUCUGGUAGGAAACAUACACUCACAACCUCUGAAGAUAAGGAUAGGGACCGGCACAGGCAGGACAGAGAUGGUUGGGAUGAGAAAAGGAAUUAUCAUAGGAGUUCUGGAGACUACAAAAGUGAUCGUCGAAAUGAUUCUGGAAGGGAUCAUGAUGUGCAUCGCUAUAGAGAUUCUUAUAAGGAUGACCAAAAGGAUCUAAACGGUCAAAAGGAAAAGAAGAAACAUGAUGACUGGGAUGCUAACAGGGACAAGGAUAGAUAUGAGCAGAAUGAAGAUAAACCUGUUUUUGGGAGUGAAAAACAAGAGUCUAUAGCUAAAAAGCCCAGGUUAUUUAGCUCUGAAAGGGAUGCUGAUUACAAUAAAGAUGGUGAUGAAAAGCAAUCUUCAAAGCAAGUUGGGGUUGAUGCUAAAGUCAUCGGAGGAGAGGCACAUGUGAAUAACUCGGAGGGUGCCAAUGACCUAAAUGCAGCAAAGGUUGCUGCAAUGAAAGCUGCUGAAUUAGUUAACAGGAACCUCGUUGGGGUGGGUUUUAUGUCGACUGAACAGAAGAAGAAGCUGCUUUGGGGGAACAAAAAGAGCACAGCUUCAGAAGAGUCUGGACACCGGUGGGACACUGCACUGUUUGGUGAUCGUGAAAGACAAGAAAAGUUCAACAAACUCAUGAGUCUGAGGUUGCCUUGGUACCUAUGGCCAAUUGUAGGGUGUAAAGGGCGAUGUGAAGGUAGAGCAAACCGACAACGAAGAUGGCAAUGGUCGUCUCCAGGCAGAGAAGCAGAAGGAAGUCCAGAUGGAUUUAGAGAAGCAGUACACUGCUGGUCUUCGACGAAGAGAUGGCCGCACUGUUGGAUUGGGUCUUUGAGUGUCUCUGUAAGAUCAUUUUGCACUCUCACAACAAUACUUUCUGACAUUUUGUUGUUCUCUUUUGCGAGAAUCAUGACUCUCAUGGCUUUGUGCUCUUGUAAUGUUGGAGAGAACAUGCAAUUUAUUUCUGGACGUAUCAUAGUUCUGCAAAAUGGUUUGUUUGUGGUCUCUGAAGUGGUUCAAUGAGCAUGUAAAAUACUUCCAAUGA